ACUUUCCUCCACACAUCAGGAAGACUCUGAAGCAGGUUGCAAAGCAGCAAAUACAAUGGCAGAUGAGAGCUUUAAAAAGGAGUUUCUUGAUACCCACAAUGCCUAUAGGGCACAGCAUGGUGCACCACCACUGACCUUUAACACUGAGCUGGAUGACGCAGCUCAAAAAUGGGCCAAUCAAAUGCUGGCAAAAAAGAAACUUGGCCACAGUAACACCAAUGAUGGAGAGAACGUCUUCUAUGCAUGGAGCUCUGAAACCAAGAAGCCAACAGUUGUGGUUGGGCAGUACCGCCCAGCUGGUAACAUUACCAAUGCAGGAUACUAUCAGAAAAAUGUGCUCCCAAAAGGAACAGAGUAA